GCGCCUGAUACGAUUCUUCAGCAUUGUCAUAACGGUUGUGACUGCUGUUGGAACUCGUAAUGCAUAUACUUCUCCGCCUGUUGUCAGCGCUGUGCCUCUUGCAACUCUUGCACGCCGCUUACGAUGUCGUUGCACCCACACAGAAUUUAACGGCUUACCUUCAUGCACGUCAGAAGCGUCAUCAACUGGUAUAUCCAAAUGGAGCAACCAUUCGCCUGGUCGUCGGCCCUGUGAUGGGUGUGCAGCUGGACGAUCCGGUUGUGUGGCGCAGUUUCCUUCAUUACUAUACGCUGCACUUUGGAGGAUACUCAAUGCCCUCGACGCCUUUGUAUCCCUGGGACAAGUGGGAGACUAUUUUUGCCAGAUCGUUGAACGAACAGAUCCGACAGCUGGAUGCCUCGCAUGAGGAUGACACACGACUCUUUGCCUACACUGCAUUGGAACAAUACAUGGACAGCGCCAGUGGCGUCACGGGUCGUGGUCGAGAGUGCUUGCUGCGUGCCAUGUGCGAGAAUGCGCAAGUGCAUCAUCAUGUGGGGAUUAUGGCCGAGCUGUUAAAUGUGCUGCUAACACCCGGCAAGGCGUUUCUCGGGGAUGUUUACAGGGAGGCGCAUGCUGCGGGCGUGGCAGGUGUGGAUUGCUUGCGGCACUUUCCGGGCUGCCCUCGAGGUGACUCUGUGCUGGACGCCUUUGCUUUGGAUGUGAGCCAUUAAAGUGCAGGUUUGUGGGUUGACUUAGCGGGCUAAGCUCAGCUUUAAAUUCUGAAUUCAAAUGUGUAAAUAAACAAAAAU